GAUUAUUCUGAAAUAUUUUUCAAGAUCACAGAAAGCUAUCUCUGGCGGGAAGAGAUUUAUUUGUCUCAAGCUUGGCUUGCCCCCCCGCCCGCCAUCCGCUUCAGAUUCAGAAACUGCAUUGGACAGUAGUCUAUAGGCCAUGGCUCAAGCCCGAGUCAAUGAUUUCUUCUGUGCGAAGAAGAAAAGUGAUGAUGUGCAUCCAGCCAAAAGACGAAAACUUGAUAGUGUGAAUAGUAAAUCUACGCGGUCCCAGGUUUCAAAAUCCAAGUCACUGACAUUUUUCUCGGAUCGCGUGGAUGAAGACGGGAGCAGCAAAACCGUAUUGGACAGUGUCAAUGUGAAUGAAGCUGCCCGUAUGUUGGCAUCACCGUUAGAUGGAAGUGCUAUUGUAAAGCCUGAUGUUGCCGACAGUUCUCUCGAUCUAGUUCCAGCAUCUAAUAUUAAUGAAUUUACCACUAACAGAUCUAGCUCACCUUCUUCAGAAGUAAAACAUAUUCAGAAACAAGUCUUGUUGAGACAACCGAGUAGUAGAUCUAGUAAAUCUAGGACAUCGCGAUCCAGAACAAGCAGCAAAAAAUCGACCCCCUCAGUGUCAUCAAGAAGCAAGAUUAGUUCCCGGACAACUAGGAACACUGCUUGUGAUAAAUCCCAAAGAAAGCUAACAGAUCUUGUCCUCAGUAAAGCUAACACUUCUGUCUCAGAUGAUGCCACCUGUGCUCGUGAACUUGCUGUUAGUAGUAGUGUUGAGCAUCAAGUUAUCGAUGAGCCGAAUGAAUUUCUCACUUGUGACAUUGCAAACUUUGAGGAGAUAAAGCUUACACAGGAUGAUAAGCCAUCUUCUUCUUCUGAAAAUACCUCAAAAUGUAUGGAGGAAAUAACUUCAGUUGCAGAUGAUCAUGAUCGUGCAAUCAGUGGAAUGAGUACUCCACGAAAGCGAAUCAUGAAUUGGGAUCAUGAUGACACUAAUGGGCCAAAGACACGCCAUAAAAAGACUGCACCCAGGAGACUCUCAGAUGAAGCAAAGCAAGGGUGCCAGUUUGAAUCUGCAAAGAAGAAGCUGGAACUGUCACCAUCUACAAAAUCUAGGUCAAGCACAUCCACCAGGGUAAAAGUAAAGGAGCCAGUUCUAGCAGAGUCGACUGAUGUGAUCACAAAGUCCAGCCCAGUUUCCCCAGAGGAUGAGAAUAUUAAAGAGACAUUUGAAGCUGUGAAUGGAAAGUCCAGCCUCAUAGCGUUGGUCUCAACAAUAGUCCCUCCACCGAGUGCAUUGUCUCCCUUGUCACGGACUCCUGAGAGACUUGAAGAGGACUCCCCACCAUCCCCAAAGCCAAUGCCGCCAAAAUUGGAAAAUCUGUCCCAAAAGUUAAAGGUUUUGAGUAAAAUGAAUGGCCAGGCUUUGAAGAACCGCUUGAAACAAAAUGGGAAACUUGGAGAUCUCAAGGAGCGACUUGGUGAGCUGAACAAGGCUGUGGCUGACACAAAGAAAGAAAGAGUGGCUGUGGAGGAUAUUCCAAAAGCGAAAGCUCAAGAAGAUGCAAGUGAAAAAAGGAAUUUUGAACAGAAGACUGCAGGCCAGAUAAAGACAAUCACUCCUGAAGCAUAUACAUUUCGGCAAGAGAAAAAUGUUCCAGCUUUUGGUAAAAAAGUCAGUGGAUAUCAGCUAACUGUGGAGCCUAACCUGGGCAACAAAGAUGCUGGUACCGAUACAGAAAUGGGACAAACAAAUUCAGAGGGGAAGCCAGUGUUUACUGCUAGUAUGUUACUCAAAAGGAAAAAUGAUUUCAAGAAGAGAUUGGUGGACCGUGUCAAGCAACAUCACAAGACAUUUCUCUCCAGCUUGAGCCCACCAAUUGUCAUACCCGAUGACAAAAUCACUAGAUGGCACCCACGUUUCCAGUUGGAUAAAGUUCCGGAGGUGGCUGUGUCACCUCUACCUCAACCCCCAGAAGUGCUGGUCUAUCACUCUGCCAAAGAUGUUUUAGAAAAACAGCGGGGGAAGCUGAAUCCACGUGUGGAAGCGGCACUAUCCCGGGUAGCAGACGCAAACAAAACAUCAGAAACAGAACAUGUCAAACAGAACUCGACUCCUAGCACAUCAUCUUCUCAGUCUAGUGUGUCCUCGUCGUCAUCACCAUCGUCAUCACAGAAUACUCCGUCCCUGAAGGGAAUCCCACCUGCAUUGCUUGCGAAGAUCAGAGCAAAAGAAGCCUUAAAGAUGCAGGAAGCCAUGACCCGUGACCCAGCAGAAGACGACAAGACGAGGAUGAUGGGUCAUCUCCCUGACAUCAUCAGGAUUAUACGAUCAUAUUUUGUUACAGAAAAAAAGCCAGCCCUGCCUCUUGAUUCAGUGUAUAAAAAGUUGCAAGAAAGUUACAAAAGCGGUAUUUCUCUACGUGAUGUAGAGCAGCACAUCAGCUUACUGAAGGAGCUGGCACCAGAGUUACUCUCCGUUGUGGAAAUUAAGAGAGGCAAGUACGUUAAGCUGGACAAGAAUGUGGACACACAGGCCAUAUCCAGCCGCAUCCUCAACCAAGUCAAAGCCAGGAAAUAGCCGAUUUGCAGUUUUGUUGGGAGGGGAGGGAUUUGCGCUUCCAUUGAAUGUAUUACUUGAUCUUGUCUUCUUUUUUUUUUAUAAGUCUGGAACUGUCUGUCAUGAGUCUUAAUUUGUUUAAUUAAUUUGCACUUAACAUGGUUAUUAACCUCUUUGUUGCCAGGGGUGUGCAUUUCUACUGUCAGCACUGAUUUUCAGCUAAGCUCAUUAGCUACUACUCAGACAGCAAUGUACUUCUAAGCUUUUUCACAGAUUUUUUUUUGGGGGGGUAUGUGCAUGGCCUGUUAUUUGAAGAUAAUUCUUUAAAAUUAUACAUAAAUUUAUAUUCUGAAAGUUUAUAUGAUUCAGAUUUCAAAUAUACUUUUGAAUUUCACAUUUUUAAAAAUUGCAAGUCUAUAGUCAAAAGGCAAAACUUUGUUGCCUUUUUUCAGUCAUUAUAGUAUUUACGUUUUGUGGAAGCAUGCUUUGGUCUGCAAGAGUAGACCUGUGUUUGUAGAUCACUUGUGAGCUUAGCAGCAAAGUAACUCUAGAUAGCAACUAUGUUACAGGUGUGAGCUUUUUUUUUUUACUAAGACGAAUUUAUGCAGCGCUUGUGGCGAAUUUCAUUGCAGAAAAAUUAGAGUUAGAUGAUUAGUGGGGCGUAUGUGUAACGUCUUAUGGGUAUGAGCAACAGGGAACUGCAAAUUUUGGCAACUUCUAGGAUAUCAAUGCUGUGGAAAACGCUAAAAAUUGAGCAUUUUUAUUACAGUGUCAUACACGUCUUAAAGGCAACAAAGAGAUUGAGGAAAGGUUAACAUAGAUGUAGAUUGUGUUGCCCAUAGCGCGGCAGGUUAUCAACACAACGCCACCGUUGCUUAUUGCUUGCAGUAAUUAACAAAAACUAGCGUCCAUGUGUUAAAACAAGGCCAUACCUUGCCUUUUUCAUAACAAACAGAACAGUCUCUGCACUUACCAUACAGCAUUGGAAUGCAACAGAAACGUUUUUAAUGGAGUCAAAACACAGAACAAAGAUAAAAAUAACA